AUGGUCAAGGCGAUUGAUUACGUUAAGAGCAACAGGUUCUUCAUGAUAUCGAAGUCAUGGUGUCCUGAUUGCCACUAUGCUCAAGCCAUCUGGAAGAAGUAUGGUGUUUCCUCUAAGGUGACUGUUCUUGAGUUGGAUAAGCUUGAAGAUCAGAAAAAAGCCACAGAGCUCGAGAAGGAGUUCACGGCACUGAGUGGUAGAAAAUGGGUCCCCACCAUUUGGUUCAAUGGUGAAGUGUUCGGAACAGAGCAGACUUUGAAGCAAUUGGAAAGUUUGGAUCAGACUGAAGAGGUGUUCAAGAAGGCUGGUUUACUCUAG